AUGGAUCGUAGCAUUGAUAGACGUUUGUGUGGACAUUGUCAUCAAUCAAUUGGAGAUGAAGCUCUUGUUGCAUUGAAUCGCCUUUGGCAUCCUGAUCAUUUUACAUGUUCAUCUUGUAAAAGACCAAUCAAGCAAACUUUCCAGGUAUUGUGCUAUUUAGGAUCUGUAUAGGCUCCCAAGACUUCUAAAUUUCCAGGCUGCUGAUAAUCAUGCUUAUUGUGUUCAAUGUUUCGCUCAAAAAUACAAUCCAAAAUGUGCUGGAUGUAUGGAAACUCUUGUUGACACAUGUCUUCUUGCUUUGGAUCGUCAUUGGCAUCCAAGAUGUUUCACUUGUUCAUCUUGCAAUCGUCCACUUCCAAACGGCGAAUUCUAUUUGGUCGAUGAUAAACCAUACGAUCUUGAUUGUCAUUGGGCAAAAAGAUUGGAGAAGAGAGAGCAUAUUGAAAGAGGAGAGCAUUAG